GUUGUAGGGCAGGUAUAAGAUUAGACAGCUUUGUAGAGUCCCCAUAACACACCCCUCUCUCUCUCUCUCUCAUUCUCUUUCUCUCUCACACACUAAACACCAUUCACGUAUGGAGAUGAAUCAGUGGUACAAGUUUGCUUUUUGGUUGAGAGAUGAACACGAUACCUCCUUUUGAUCUGCUUAUUAUUCUUCUAUAUUUGCAUUUCUAUUUGCUUCCAUUUCUCCUUAAACAACCACCUUCAUACCCAGCCUCUACAUGAUGACAAAAAGUGGUUUGUAUAACUUGGAGUUAUCUGAAUAUAUCUGAUGAUCAUCAUCUCUUGCUAAGCAUGCUGUUAAUCAGGUAAUUUGGAUGCUUAAUAUGAAGUUUUAGAGAGAGAGAAAGAGAUAGGAGAGAGUUCUUGUGACUGUUUUAGACAGCACAAGAAGACAGAAGAUAGACUGUAGCAGAUGAUAUCCAUUGAUGAACACUCACCACCAGAUCCUUCAUCAUCUCAUAAUCAAAAACAUCUUCAACAACAACAAGUUUCUCAUGAAGCUUUUGCUUCUGUUUCUGACAUAGAUCUGCUAAAGACUACUACUACUGAUGAGAAUCUUGAUGGCACCAACAACCCAGUUCCCAAUUUCUCAAUAAGAGAUUAUGUUUUUAAGUCAAGAAGCAAGGAUAUAGCGCGUAAUUGGCCGUUUUCUGAUAAAAGUUUGCAACUUUGCUUGAAUAAUGGUGUGAAAAAUCCGUUGCCACCUUUCCAGUCUCUUGAGUCACUUAGGAAUUAUUCAUCCGUUGGCGUAUGCGCUGUCGAAAAUCAUUCGCCUAGUCAAGAAACCAUAAGCAGUUUUGAUAGUAUAAGAAAUGAUGAUUCUCAAUCUCAUCUUGAAGAAGACUUAGCUAACACAAUGUCAAAUAGUCAACCCACAGUCAAGAAGUGCAAGUUGGUUAUGAAACUGAAUUUGGGUGUAGAACCCAUUGAAGAGACCGCGGCUUCUAAAGUUUGCCCGGUUUGCAAGACUUUUUCAUCUUCUUCAAACACAACCUUAAACGCGCACAUUGACAGCUGCCUAUCUGAGGAAUCUAGUAUGAAGUGUACUGCAGAUCCUAAGAUAAAAACCGUUAAACAUAAGAUUAAGCCUCGGAAAACGAGGUUAAUGGUGGAUAUAUGUAAGACGGCUCGUCCUUGUACAAUUGAACAGCUUGAUAAAAGAAACGGUACAAACUGGGCUACUAGUUCGAGUUUUCCUGAUCAAGAACUUGAGUUUCAAGCUGAAGAAAAGAACGAAGAGCCACAAGAACCAACUUAUAUUCCUGAGGUAGCUGAUCAUGAAGGAGCUGUUUAUAUCGACAAAAAUGGCAAAAAAGUUCGAAUCUUGUCAAUGCCAAAGGUCAGUAAUAAAAAUGACGAUGAAGCUCGUGUGUUACAGAAAGGAAGAAAAGGCAGCAAAGUUGUCGUUAAGAAGAAGAACAAGAAAGUCAACAUGCAGAAAAAUGGCAAGAACAUUUUGAAGCUUAGUCCUAAGAGCAAAAAGUUGAGCAAAAAGACGGAAAGUGGCCGAAAAGAAAAUGUUGCCAUUAAAGAAAGUUGCGAGAAAGAAGUUGGAGGUGCAAAAUCCAUGAAAGCUCAAGUGAAUAAGCAGACGGACGAUUUAGCCAUCACAAGGCCACCAUGGGCCUGUUCUAAGAGAACUGGUGUUGCAAAGAAACGGUUCCCAGUGUCUUCUAGUCGAAAAGAAGGCACAUGUUCGGAUGAUAUUUGUGAGGAUCCUAUUAGUUCAAAGGGGAGCACGUUGUCAUCUUUGAAAAAGAGUUUAUCAAUGCCAGCAAGCCAGGAACAUAGUGGUGGAUCAAAGUUGAUUAAUUUGAAAAGGAAGUUAUCAGCUCUCGGAAAAUCUCAAGAUUCUUUGAAACGAAAAUCAAGAACCGAAGAAGAUACGAGCAAGAAAAUGUCUCUCGAGAAGAUGAAUGAUCUGGAAGUCGAAACAAAGAAAUCCACGACUUCGAAGAGUUCAAAUAAUGAUUCUUCUUCUGCAGGACUUGAGAAUGCUUCGGAAUCUGCUAGAACGGAAGAUUGCAUUGGUAUUGAGCCAAGUUUUAUGGGUUUGAAGAACUCAUUAGAUAAUGAGUUUUCAAAGAUGAUAAGUCAACUGGAUAACAAGUUUGACUCGCAGCCGCAAAGCACUCUACAUGACAUUAUUAUGGAGCAUAGCAAUGAAAAGCAAGGAAAUUAUUAUGAUGAGGUGGAUCCAAUACCUAUUCCUGGACCACCCGGGUCCUUCUUGCCACCUAGCCCCGGUGCAGAUAUGGGUUCUGAAGAACUGCAAGGCAAUUCAUCAUUGACCACCAUGAGCAGAAAUAUUCAAUCAAGCGAAGACCAUCGUCAUCACGAUAUCAUGAACCAAGACUUCAUAUCUGGCUCAUCUGUUUCAACCGUCUCAAGUCCCAGCUUUGCAAGAAGUGCUGAUCACAAGUUACCUGUAAGGUUUGAAAUGAAUUUUGCGAAUAAUAAUAACAGUAAUAAUACAAGUGAUUCGAGAUCAGUUGAUGCUAUCUUUAAAGACAAGGGUCCGACGCCUUGCUGUUGUUCUAGAAAGGAAGGCGCUUUCUUUAACAAUGUUGCUUCAUAUCCUCAAGAAUCAGCUGUUCCAAAAGAACGGGCGACUGAGUCAAACGGGUUAAGGUCCGAGUUGUUUCCUCUAGCCAACCACCUAACAUUGCCACCACCUGAGAUGGUCAAACCGCCUGUUGUAAGUCCUACUACACCUGUACUUAGGCUGAUGGGGAAAAACUUGACUGUGGUCAACACAGAUAAUGAACAAGUCAAACCUCCUUUCUGGAGUCCCAUGGGUCAAUAUCAACAGCCUCCGAAAUUUCAAAACGAAAACCGUGAUUCAUUCUCCUAUGGUCAUCCUCCUCAGAAUCACCUUAACUUUAGCCAUAAUCAAAAUGGAUCCAUGCAUCAACUUUUAAAUCUCUACCCACCAAAUAACUCGAAAACUCAUUCGGAUUUAAAGUCUGCAAACAUGGACAAUACCGCCGCCAAGGAGGUAAUCGUCAUUGAUGAUGCGUCUGACAACGAAGGUGAUAAUCAUCAUCAUAUGUUUAAAGAACCCAUGAUAAGAACCCAUGCGUUUAGUUUUGCUAAUCCACAUGGCAAUGGUGGCUUGCAAACUUCACCACCUUUGCGGGAGGCAGCGGAUGAUGAAACUCGUGGCAGGUGGGUUUCUACCGCAUACCAUCCUCAUAGCUUUUCUUGACCAACAAGUUAAAGAGAAGGCGAGACGAGUCGAGUCGAGUCGUAAGCUUACAGAUGAGUUUUUCAAUCUUAUAUGUUUUGUUUGUUUUUGUUUCUUGUUUGUUACUUCAAAAGUUAGUGCAUGCAUGUGAGCUGCCUACAAAACUUUGACUGUUUGGCUACCAUUCCAUGCAAUGCCAGCCUUACUAACUAUAGAACCUAUAUCAUAUGAAGUAUGGAACAGUUAUCUUUCAAGUUCU